AUGGAAUUAAAUAACGAGCUAUUAGAUUCAACACCAUACCCUCUUAGUUCAAGCUUCACAUCGGAUAACUUUCCAUUUGAUGCUUUCAACGUGACGGCCUCAACGACGGAGGUUCCUGACACGUUAUGGCAUGAGUCUCCUUUAUGUUUAAAUGGUACGUCAGAGUCAUGCCAAGCAGGGGCACAACGCCUGGAUGUUCAUUUUCUGUUGAACUGUGAAGUUCCGCAACCGCAUAAGAAAAGCUCCACUCAUUUCAAGCGAAAGUACAAUUGUCCAGCAAAUCUGGUAAACGGUAAAAAGGGUACUUCGAAACCGUCGCGCAGGCGCAAACGUUCUACAGGACAUAAAAAGGUGAAAGGGAAGGACAGUUCCUCCGGGAGCAGUCUGUUAAAAGGAGGUAUUCAAAAGGUUUCCAGCGUCGCUAAGACGCAUAAGAAAGGUUCCGCAAAAAAUAAGUUAGCGAGAGCAACGGCUAGGAAAAGUCAGAAUAAUUUGAACUCUGAAGUUGAGGAAAAUAUAACUCAUAUUGAACACGGUAUUGGUCAGCUGCAUAUUGAUGCACCACCUAAAGGCAAAGCUGUUAAUUGUUCGGCGGGACGCUCGGGCCAUAAAAAACAUCGCCGCAAAAAAUCAAAAUCAUCCACUUCGUGCUACGCGUUGCCGGGACGCUUAUGCUUGCCAAUGCAGCACACACACAAGACUGUUUCUAAAGGUCAUGCUGAAAACUUGGGGAAGCGGUACAAGGCUCCGAAACAAGCUGAGAGUCGUAAAUAUUGCGAUAUCUACUUGUGGUGCGGCUACUGCAUUCUGGGAGACAAUUGCCCAUACGCUGACACACACCAUGCCGCUGGAUCGCAGGUUAGCACUCUAGUUGAGUCGUCGCUUUUGCCAUAUUCUGCUGCUGGAGAACCCGCUCGUGUCAGACUGCUGGUUGAGUACAUGGUUAUGGUGAGUCGGCCGUUGGAGCUGUUAAUAGAUGGUUAUCAUCUACAGUUUGCUUGUCUGAAUACCGAAAAGUCAGUAGAAAGCUAUAAUCGGGGUUCAGCAGGUCGGAGCUGCUCUUCUCUGCUCAAAGGCUCUUAG